AUGGCGAACUCCACCAAGGUCGCGCUACUUUUCGCCGGCAUCCUUGUCUUUCUGCAGGUGUCGUGCGCCGUCUGCCGGCCCCACACUACUCCAGGGACCUCGUUUCUCGUCAACGUCCCGGCAACGAUGACGGUGAAUGGCUUCCAGGAGGGCGAGGGGGGCGGCGGGCCGGCGGCGUGCGACGGCCAGUACCACAGCGACGAGGAAUUCAUAGUUUCCCUGUCAUCCGAGUGGUUCGACGGCGGUGCGCGGUGCGGCAAGCUGAUCCGCAUCCAGGACUCUGCCAACCUUCACAUCAGCGCCACGGUCGUGGACGAGUGCGGCGACUGCGACGGCGAGGUGGGCGCGUCCGCCCACAUCUGGCGUAACUUCAAUCUUGACCCCAGCGUCGGCGAGGUGAGCAUCAGCUGGUCGGACGUCAACUGA